AUGGGUGGCUAAACUGUUAGUGGUUAUGGAUAAUCCUAGAAAACGGAAGACUACUGAAAAGGAGGAAUGCUUGUCAUGCCCAUUGUCUCCGAAAGUUCGAAAACUAGUUUGUGGUGUCAAAAGUUGCUCAGUCAAUUUCAACUGUUGCUUCUGUAUCUCUGAUGAAUGUGGAGCUGACAACGAAGAUGGAUGCCUUCAUGUUAGCCCAUCGGAGCAUUGCUGUGCUAAAUGCGUUGCCGAAAUCAAUAGCGGAAACAACAAGAGCUACAAAAUAUGGAAGCAGAAGUGGAUCAACAACGGAGCAAAGUUCCCUCCAUCAGUGUCUCAUUAUUUGGCUGAAUGUGAGCUCCCUUUCUGGAUAGAGUGCACCGGUUGCAAAAAAUGGAGAUGUGUCCCGAAAGACCUAAAAGUUACAGAAUCUUUCAUUAGGUCUUUCAAGUGCUCAAAUGUUCAAGGAAAUAAAAAUAGAGUCCUUUCAAACCUUAAGAAGUGUUCACCCUGCUCUGUGCCACAGUGCAAAUGCGUGGCGAAGGCGUUAGAGUUCUCAUGGUUGAACCAACUGUCGAUUCCGUGUCUUCUUCGUGACUCACCUGCUGCUCCAUUUUUGGGAGCUUACUUCCCAGAAUCGGUCGGAAUUUCUCCGAGCUCCACAAAUUACCGACCAAUUAAGUAUCACAAAUCGCCUUCCAAAUUAAAGAAGAAACGCCACGAUGCUAAUCGGCCGCUGUAUACAAACGGGGACGUUGUUCUGUCAGUUCCUGGACUGAAUUCAUUUCUCCACCCUUUCUAUCAACCAUAUGAAGCUGGGAAGGCACUUAGUGUUCGACCAGAUAUUAUGGAAGCAGACGAAAUUUUGGAAUUCCCCGAAUUCGCUGAAGUUAAAAAUGGUAAGCAGUCUAUGUACUUGGGGCUAAGGAAUCUCGUGAUUGCCAUCUGGAAUCUAAACCCAAUGGAGUUCGUAACGCCAGAGCUCUGUGGUCCGAAACUGUUUGUACGUGGUCUACUCAGGGUUCGAUGUCUUCAAGAACUGGAGCGGAUAAUAGACUUCCUCACUCGCAAAGGCACAAUCAAUAAUGGAGUGUUGCGCAGACAGAUAUGCGAGAGACCUCUCCUGCCACCCUAUGCCACAAAAGUGAAAGUGUUGGUGAUUGGUGCUGGAAUAGCUGGACUUGCAGCCGCCAGUCAGUUGUACAACUUCGGAGUCCGAGUGCAAGUCCUGGAAGCAUCGGACAAAAUAGGUGGCAGAAUAUGCGACCAUGUGUUUUCAAGUUCCCACAAUCCAAAAAAGGUGCUAUGGAAAACUGCAGACGAUGUGUCGUCUCCUCGAGAGCGGGAUCAGAGCGAAGCGUCGUCUGGAUUCUCCUCAGGAACUGACUCAGAUAUUGACCAACUAUCAAGUGUGACUGCCGCUUUAUUUGAUUCACAACUCAUUCCCUCCGCCGAUGUUAUGCGACAAGAGGACGAGAGUUCGAACAAUGAUACUGCCACUGAUGAUGAGAAGUACCUCCUGGAGGAAUCGGAGGUGACGAAGUCUAAAGACAACAGUGCGAUCACUGUUGGCAUAGGAGCCUGUUUUGUGCAUGGUCCAAUGAACAAUCCAGUGUCCUUAAUGUGUCAUCAGCUGAACUUGAAGCUGAAGCGUCUUCGAGCCCACUGCAACCUGUACACAGAGAGAGGAGAACUGAUUCCGCACUCAAUGGACAGGAAAGUAGAGAUGCACUUCAACAGUAUGCUGGAGGGAGUGUCCAAGUGGAAUAACAGCCACACUGCCGGUUUGGAGUACGACGCCUCUUCCUAUCUGUUCGGAAAGGGAAAGGAAGCGGUUCCUGUUUGGUUCCAACAACUCAACCCAACUCAAAAUGAGAUCAAGUCUGAGAAGAAGCGAGAGAAUAAUCUAUCUGGGAAAUCAGAGGAAGGCGGUGGGAGUCUGAAGUUGCCAACAUUCACGAGGAACUCUCGCAACUCCACCGGCAGAAGGGGAGGAAGAAGGGAAGGGGAGGUGGACGAGGGAGUGGCCGAUUUGCAGUCUCCGUCCUCGUCCUCAUCUGUUCUGCGUGGAAAAGACAAGGCUGCCACUAGAGUCUCACUUGGAGAGAAGCUGCAGGAGAUCCACAAUGACCUAGCUGAGAAAUACACAGUGCCCUUUUCAGAUGUUGAGAAGAGUGUGGUGGAUUUCCACGCGGGCAAUCUGGAGUUCGCGUGUGGAUCCCGUCUGGAUGAGGUUUGUGCUGUGAACUGGGACCAGAAUGACCAGUUUCCUCAGUUCGCAGGUGGACACUGCUCGCUUCCCAGUGGAUACUACCCCAUUGUGGAGGCACUGGCCAGGGAUCUGGACAUCACCACCAAAUGUGCAGUUCGUUCGAUAGACUACUCAUUGUCAGACAAGGUCAUUGUGACAACAGAGGACGAAACAGUCUAUGAAGCUGACAAGGUCAUAGUUGCAGUUCCACUGACAGUGCUGAAGCGAAACUCAAUCCACUUCGUCCCACCCCUCCCCUCAUACAAAAGGAAGUCUAUCAGGAGACUAGGGGCGGGGGUGGUGGAGAAGGUAGCCCUCUGGUUUCCCACUCGCUUCUGGGAGCGGAAGAUCAAGCCCAACCAGGACUACUUUGGCCACGUGCCGCAGUCUCAGGAACAAAGAGGCCUUUUCAACAUUUUCUACAUCCUAAAUCCAGCUUCUGUGAAGAGGCGAAGCAGUAAAAAAAAGUUUGCCAAAUCGGGUAACCCACCGGCUACUAGUGAACAGACUGACACACGUAAUAGUACAGCCAGCCUCGCAGAAACUCAGGGAUCUCCAGCACAAAAUCAUGAAUUAAUAUCUCCACCAGUUAGUGGAUUGGGAGAUCACGAACGAGUAGGACCAGUUGGGUCCGUCGAGGCAGUGGGGGGAGGAGGGGGCGAGCAGUUUGGGGUUUUGCUGACUGUAGUCACAGGCUCGUCAGUGGACAGGAUAGCACAAAUGGGGGAUUCAGAAGUGGUGACUGAAGCUUAUGACUCUCUCACGAAACUAUUUCCAGAACAGCGUGUGCCCUACCCGGAGGACUGGUUUGUGUCCAGGUGGGCCUCCACUGAACAUAUCAACAUGUCUUACUCCUUCGUCAAGUGUGGCUCCUCUGGGGUCGACUACGACAGACUCUCACAGCCACUUAACGACAGAAUAUUCUUCGCCGGAGAGUGUACGAACAGGGCAUACCCUCAGACAGUGACUGGUGCUUAUUUGAGUGGGGUGAGAGAGGCUGCUAAUAUUGUGACCUGAAACACACUUGGAAAUGCAGACAACGAAACGAAUGCAAACAACAGUUUAGUUUGUUCACAAAUUCAAGUCCAUGACAACACCAGCUUUACAAUAUACCCAAAAAGCCAUAUCUAAACCAUUCUAUAAGUGAAAAGUAUAAUAAAUCAUAAUAUAAUUGUGUCUGUGUUGUGUUCAACUAAUUUUGAAUGUCAAAUAUCCUAAAAUCGAAAAUAAUAUAUUUACAUAAUUACUUCAUCAUCCAAUGUUUAUUUUCAUUUUAAAAGUAUAAAUGAACGAAGUGUGUUUUUUAUUUAGUUUGUGUUGUGUCAGUGAAUUGUGAAGACACUUAUUUUUUUAAGGAAAAAGUCUGAUAAGUUGUUCAUGCUGAAAUUGGUAUUUCGACGUUUGGCUUUUGAUACCUUUUGAAAGGUCAAUUUAUAUGCUACUAAAAAAAUUGUGUGUGAUAAAAGGAUCUGAACGAAGAAUUAGAAGUUGGCUAUAUUUGAGAGUCAUAGUAAA